CUUUUCUGGGCCCCGGCCACUCGGCGGUUCUCAGCGGGGCAGGCGGAGCUGCGGGAAGGGCACGCUAGGGGAGAGGAGGACGCGAGGAGCUGUGGCAGGAGAAAGUGACGAGUGCCCUUCGUUGUCAUCCAGGGAGGAGCACGCGGCCACUGCCCCACUCGGCCGCCCACGACCACUCGGCCGCAGAGAUGUCAGCCGCUGGCGUCCGGGGCCUUCGGGCCACCUACCACCGCGUCCUCGAUAAAGUGGAGCUCAUGCUGCCGGAGAAAUUGAGGCCGAUUUACAACCACCCAGCAGGUCCCAAAACAGUUUUUUUCUGGGCUCCAAUUAUGAAAUGGGGCCUCGUGUGUGCUGGGCUGGCUGACAUGGCCAGACCUGCAGAGAAACUCAGCACAGCUCAGUCUGCUGUUCUCAUGGCUACAGGGUUUAUUUGGUCAAGAUACUCACUUGUAAUUAUUCCAAAAAACUGGAGUCUGUUUGCUGUUAAUUUCUUCGUGGGGGCAGCAGGGGCCUCUCAGCUCUUUCGUAUUUGGAGAUAUAACCAAGAACUAAAAGCUAAAGCAAACAACUAAGAGUUCCUGACCACCCGAACAAUCUAGAUGUGGACAUAUAACCACUGGGACUAAUUUGAUUUAUUAUUUGGUUAUUGAUGAGGUGAUAUUAACUGUGCUAAUGUUUGGAAGCCAUAAAAAAAAAGACUGUAAACUGGGGGUUGAUACUCAAUUUCACAGAAAAAUAAAACAAACUUUUAAUAACAGUGUUUCUUUGUAUAUGACUUAAGGAAUGUAUCUAUGGCUAUUAGUAACAUUUUUUUUCUACUCUCUGCCACAAAUAAAUCAUACUUGCUCCUACAUA